GCGAUAUCGCUGCUAAAACGUUGACACCCAGUGGUUGACGCCGCGGGCGAGACGAAAUGCGGCCGUCGAUAGGAAGUUAGCGGAAACAUGCAACGCAUAAGGCUUGAAAUUGCUGAGGAGGUGCUGCCAGCCGGAGUCGCUAAGGAGGGAGUGCACCGGACCUGGUUUUGGCCCAGCCCGGCUGCAACAUGCGUGGCCGCCUUUGCGCAGGAGGUAUUCACGCGCUUCCAGCUGCGCUGCCCUGGUGGGGCAGCGGGCCUGCAGCUACUGCUGUCGGGUUUCGUGCUGCCACGGGACGCCCCGAUCGGGAUCCUGCGUGAUGGUGAUCUGCUGGUGGUGCAGCGGUUGGCGGCAGGGGCGGGCGCUCUGGCAAAUGGCACGAUAAAGGCGGCCAGGGCGGUGGUGCCACAACUCGCGCCUGAGGCCGGCGUCCCUGGGCCGAGUGGCGGCGCUGCAGCAGGCGUGGGGCCCGGGGCUGGCGCGGCUGCCGCCGGCGUCGGCGUCAGCGCGGUCUCAGGCAAGAAGCGCAAAUCAGCUGCAGCCGGAGCGGCGGAGGGCGGGGCGGCUGGACCAGUGGGAGCUGCCACACCGCAGCCAGCUGUGCAGCGCGGUGCCACUGUGGAGAACGGGGUGGCACAGCAGGCCGCGGGGGCAGUUGCAGCCGUGGGGGCGUCCCCGGAUGCACCCAUGACCGAUGCCGUGGCCACGGGGGAGGCCGACAAGGGCAAGGGCGCCAGCCGCAGUGCGCGGAGAAAGGCAGCCAAGCGACGGCUGAAGCGCACUGGCGUCCUGCCCUACGGCGACUCUGCGGCACGGGCCGGCGCCAAGGCGGCACCUGGGAGCCUGCAGCCGGGAGGGGGUGCAGCUGGCGCGCCGCCUGUCAAGAGGCAGCGGCAGGAGGCCCAGCCGCUGCAGCAACAGCAGCAACAAGCGGCGAAGGGGAAGGUGGCGGCGCAGCCACCCGCGGCGAACGCCACGGCAGGCCUGCUGGCCGCAGCUAUGGCGGCAUCGCCGAUGGACCCCAACGGUGUCCUUCAGCACCCGCACCAGCACCUGCACCAACACCAGCAGCUGCAGGUGCGCGCCGCUCGCGAUGACGCCGGGGCGGGACCGAGCACGGCGGGCGCCGGCCUGCUGUCUGCGGCGGCACCGGCGGCUGCGGAGCUGCGUCCAGCGCAGAAUGGAAAAGCGGCGUCAAAGGGCAAAAGCGGCGAAUACUCGGACAACAGCUCGGACAGCAGUGGGGAGACCAGCAGCGACGGCAACGAAAACAGUAGCAGCAGCAGCAGUGAGGAGAAGGAAAGCGACACCAGCAGCUCGGAAGAGGCGAGCAGCAGUAGCGAGAGCGAGGGCAGCAGCGAGGCGAGUAGUGAGGACAGCAGUGAGGAGAGCAGCGAGGAGAGCAGCGCCGAAGACGAAGAGGUCGCCUUUAAAGAGGCAGCCGGUCAAGCCAAGGCAGCAGCUGCCAAGCCCACGCCCGCUGCGAAACCGGCGCGGCCGCCAGCUCCCGCAAAGCGGCAGGGGGCCAGUGGAAGCGCCGGCGCCACGCCAGCGGCACCCAAGGCCGCACCAUCACAACCACCACCACCAACACGAUACCCGCCGCCACCGCCGCCCCCAGCUGCUGCUGUGGCUAUUGCGGUCAACUAUGAGGCGCUGCCUGCCGCGGUCGGGCCGGUGCCGGUGGGCUGCGUGCUGGCCUACAAGCUGCUAGAGAUCGGCGCUGACAUGUGCCCCAGGGUGUCGUCGUGGCGCAUGGGCAAGGUGACGGCAUGGGACGAUGCUGAGGCGGCGGUGACACUGCAGCCGCACCCCGACGCGCGCGUGCACCCGCUCAAGGCCGAGCUGGACGCGCUGCGGGCGAGGCUGGCAGCGGAGGCGGCGGAGGAGCUGGAGGAGGAGCGGGGCAGCGGCAAAGCGCCGUCAGGCCAAGACAUGGCGCUGGACUGGGGCUCACUGCCGUUCCCUACCGAGUACCAGGAGGACGGCACGCUGGCGAUGCCGCUUGCCGGCUUUGCGGACGUGCGGGCGGUGUCACUGUUGGGCGGCGCACAGGCCGCGGCAGCUGGCGUGCAGCGAACCGCAGCUGCAAGCGGAUCAACGGACACCACCAACAAGGCCCCGCCCUCGCGCUCGGCGGGCAUCCCGCCGUCGCCUGCCAACCUGGGGCCCCCGCGCCCGCCGCGGGCUGCCCAGCAAGCAGCCCCGGGCGGGGUGCCCAGAGGCGCUACCGGAGGCGCAGCUGGAGGCGUGGCUGCAACCGCCCGCCCCCCACCUGCCAUCAGUCGCACCGCUACUCCUGGUGGGCGCGCCACGCCUCAGGGACCGCCGCCCGGAGCAGUGGUGGCGGCCGUGGGCGGCUGGGCGGACCUCGCGGAGCAGCUACGCCGGCGGCGACAAGAGCUCGCUUCGCCUGGUGGAGACGAUCCCUCGCCAGGCGUGUCGCCGGCAGGGCGUGCAGAUGCUGGGGGGCCGCCGCCGCUGCCAGAGGUCUCAGUCCCCGCUUUCACGCCCAAGGGCCGCCUUCCGCCCCAGCGGCAGGGUGCCGCGGCCGUAGGGCCGCCUGGAGGCUCAGCUGGCCCCAGCUCAGCCUCACCGGCUCAGGCGGCUGGGGAUGGAUCCCGGCCCUCCGGCGUUCAGACUCGGGGCGCUGUCCGGCCACGUGGCGGUGUCCGGCGGAUUGCGCUCGGCCCUAUGCUGAACCACCUGCGCGAAAGCGGCGAGCUUUGAGUGUGCUGGACGUUUUGUAUGACUGCCCGCGUUAGUCUGUAGGGCUUGGUAACGGGAAGCCUUUCAAUGGCUGUGGUGGUGCAGGGAGUGCAAGUGUGCACCAGAGCGAGGUGCGGAUGAUGGCAUCAGUAGUUCGGCCCUAGAGCAAGCAAUUAGCAGGACUGCACGGGCACACACACGGGUGUGCGCAUCCCGCCCGUGUCGACGGGCUGUUGGACUGGCUUGCGGCGUUUACCACAUUUCAGGCAGCAAAGCUCGGACCGUAACCGCUGUGCGGGCGACCGUGCCGGUUGCAGGGUACACAUCCGGCUCAGGGCUAACGGGGCUGUGGCGCUUCGCCUUCUACCAUGUCUGGCAAAUGGGCAGGGUUGCUCGGUUUGUAACUACCGUACUGC